CCCGCGGCCGCUCAACGCCUCCAAGCCGACGGGGUCUCUCGGGCACCGCGCUCCGGGGCGGCCCGGGAAAGGAGGUGCCGUGAAGGUCAUCAGAAGGUCGUGCGGCGCCGGAGCUACGACGAGUGCGUGUGGGACUCGGAAAGUUCAUCAUGUCUAUUCUCAAGAUCUUUGCCAGAGAGAUAUUCGACUCUCGUGGAAAUCCCACCGUCGAAGUGGAUCUCUUCACCCAAAAAGGGCUCUUCAGAGCUGCUGUGCCCAGUGGUGCCUCAGCUGGUAUCUAUGAGGCCCUUGAGCUCCGGGACAAUGACAAGACACGCUACAUGGGGAAAGGUGUCUCAAAGGCUGUUGAGCACAUCAAUAAAACUAUUGCACCUGCCCUGGUUAGCAAGAAACUGAACGUCGUGGAGCAGGAGAAGAUUGACAAACUGAUGAUCGAGAUGGACGGAACUGAAAAUAAAUCUAAGUUUGGUGCGAAUGCCAUUCUGGGCGUGUCCCUUGCUGUCUGCAAGGCUGGAGCCGUGGAGAAGGGGGUGCCCCUGUACCGUCACAUUGCUGACCUGGCUGGCAAUUCAGAAGUCAUCCUGCCAGUUCCCGCUUUCAACGUGAUCAAUGGUGGCUCUCACGCGGGCAACAAGCUGGCCAUGCAGGAGUUCAUGAUCCUCCCAAUCGGCGCAGCCAACUUCAGGGAGGCCAUGCGCAUCGGAGCAGAGGUUUACCACAACCUGAAGAAUGUCAUCAAGGAGAAGUACGGGAAAGAUGCCACCAACGUGGGGGAUGAAGGUGGAUUUGCACCCAACAUCCUGGAGAAUAAAGAAGCUCUGGAGCUGAUUAAAAACGCAGUUGGCAAAGCUGGUUACAGCGACAAGGUUGUGAUUGGCAUGGAUGUCGCUGCCUCUGAGUUCUUCAAGAAUGGGAAGUAUGACCUGGACUUCAAGUCUCCUGAUGACCACAGCAGGUACAUCUCACCUGACAAACUGGCAGACCUGUACAAGUCCUUCAUCAGGGACUACCCAGUGGUGUCCAUCGAAGACCCCUUUGACCAGGAUGACUGGGAAGCUUGGAAGAAUUUCACGGCGAGUGCAGGGAUCCAGGUGGUGGGGGAUGAUCUCACGGUGACCAAUCCGAAGCGAAUUGCCAAGGCUGCGAGCGAGAAGUCGUGUAACUGCCUCCUGCUCAAAGUGAACCAGAUCGGCUCCGUGACCGAGUCCCUUCAGGCGUGCAAGCUGGCCCAGUCCAACGGCUGAGGUGUCAUGGUGUCGCAUCGCUCCGGGGAGACUGAAGACACCUUCAUCGCCGACCUGGUGGUGGGGCUCUGCACUGGGCAGAUCAAGACAGGUGCACCUUGUCGAUCUGAGCGCUUGGCCAAGUACAACCAGCUCCUCAGAAUUGAAGAGGAGCUGGGCAGCAAGGCCAAGUUUGCUGGCAGGCAGUUCCGAAACCCCCUAGCCAAGUAAGGGCUGGGCCUGCAAGCCCCUGAGCCCUUCACACUAGCCAGCUAAUCAGACCUCCCGCUCCCCCACCGUGAACGUGGGCAGCUCCGGGCCCCACUCCAGUACUGGCAGGGACCUCUGGUAGUCAAGACCCUCUCCCACCCUGUGAUGUUCUCACUGCUUCAUUAGAAUUGCUGCAGAAGCCAAGCCUGACCAUCUGGAACCCUGUUGGAAACCCUGGCUUUGUGAUCUUGUGAUUGGCCCAAGUCAUUGUUUUUCUCAUCUUGCUUCCCACCAACUGUCUGGGCCGGGUACGCUUACAAUGUCAGCCCUGAGGUAUCCACAGGAAGGUCCUCAGUGAUUUGGUGUGCAAAAUAAAAAAAGCCUCAGUAAUCGUAAAA